AUGGAUCCUGCUGAAAAGAGAAUGAAAGACAUCAAGGAAGCUUUCGAUUAGUUUGAUACUGAUAACAAAGGCACUGUGUCAACAAAGGAAUUAGGUACUAUUCAUCACAAGUUACCUUUUCUAGGGAAUAUCUUGAAAUAUUUGGGCCAAGACCCUACAGAUGAAGAGUUAGACAAUUACAUGAAAGAAUUGGAUCCUGAAUCAGCAGGCACAAUAGAUUUCUUGCAAAUGAUGAAAAAAUUAACUGUAGCAGUCAAAGACGAUGAUACCAUAGAUGAAUUAAUGGCAUCGUUUCGCGUUUUUGAUGUUGAUAGCACUGGCACAGUCCCAACUGCUGAGAUGAGAUAUAUUUUAAUGGAAAUGGGAGAAAAGAUGACUGCUCAGGAUGUCAAGGAUAUUCUCAAGGAAAUGGACCCAGAUGAUAGUGGAAUGUGCAAAUAUGUGGAUUAUGUUAAGAAAAAGUAUGAAGAUUUACAAGUAGCCAAAGCUAAGGCUGCUAAACUUAAAGCAAAAAAAAAGAAGAAGUGAAGCUUUAUGUUUUAGUUAAUUAUUUAUAUUUCUUU